UUGCUAAACUAAACCAAUUUCAUGGAUCAAGGAAGUAAUUUGCGUCCAGGAGAUGAUGGAGAACUUUCAGUCCUCAUUGGUCAGACGUUGCUAGGGUUCUGGGAUUCCUUCGUCAUUGUGAUGUCACGUGCCCGUCAGAGAGUUAUACAGGGCUUUAUUGUGUUCUCUAUUGUCGUCCUGCUCCUCGUGAUCGCUGCCUUUUUAUACGGCAGCUUCUACUACUCUUACAUGCCCAAGGCGGCUUUUUCCUCACCUGUGCACUAUUACUACAGGGCAGACUGUGAAUCUCCUGCCUCUUUUUUGUGCUCUUAUCCAGUGGCCAACGUCUCUCUGAUGAGAAAUAAGAAACAUGUGCUGACAUUUGGCCAGGCCUAUCGGAUGUCUCUGCAGCUGGAGAUGCCUGAUUCUCCCACCAAUCAGGAGCUGGGGAUGUUCAUGAUCAAGACAACUUGUUUCUCUCGGGACGGAGGGCAAGUUGCCUCCUCUGCUCGCUCUGCAAGACCACUGCUGUCCGCCUCCAGCUCUCGCUUUAGCAUGCUGCGAUACCAUUCAGACCUGCUGAUGAACCUGAAAACGCUGCUGUUCCUCCCGGCCUUUCUGACCGGAGUCGCUGAGCAGGAGCAAGUGCUGCAGGUGGAGCUCUUCUCAGACUACACCGACGACCCUUAUGCCCCCUCGGUCACGGCCGUCAUUGAGAUCAUGUCCAACAAGGUGCAGAUCUACUCAUCUCAGCUCUAUAUUCAUGCUCACUUCACUGGUAUAAGACACUUGUUGUUCAACUUCCCUCUUCUAUCAGCCCUGGUGGGAGUGUCCAGUAACUUCAUCUUCCUCAGUCUCCUCUUCGUUCUCAGCUACGUGAGGCUGCUGUUCAGAGUCGAUUUGGGAGCAGAGCAGCUCAGAACAGAUGGACUGCUGUCAAAUAGGGACAGGAACUUGAAAAACAACCAACAUGAGGAUGCUGCUGCAGGUACUGCAGAGCUGAUGGGUCCCCUCCAGAUGACCCCGACAAAUCUGAGCCAGGAGAGGACCCAUCUGUAAUUCGGCAACAACACAGAGGUGCAGAAACAGACAGAUUCACUAGUAGAUUCAAAUGAAUCAGAGGCAGCCUGAGGCCAUUAUUACAGUAAAGGAGAGGGAGAAAGUGUAGAGAGCGAUAACAAGAUGUAAGGAUGAAGAUUUAAGAGAGAUACGUGGUUGAAAAUGACUCAGAAAGCACCCACACACCUCUGUUUGAGUUGUCAAUCUUUUUGCUCUUACAUCAUGUCUUCUGUGUUUUGUCUCACAUGGUGUUUCAGCUUUACUGUAAUGUUAGGACCCUAUGAUUUAUUUUGUGCAAAGUCCCUAUUCUGAGAACUACUUGCUAGCAAUGUCUUCAAAAUUCUUCUUCUCUUUAAAGUGCCCAUAUUAUGAAAAAAAUCACUUUUUCUGGGAUUUGGGGUGUUCUUUUGUGUCUCAGGUGCUU